AUGUCGCUGCGGCCUAGCCGUUUUGCCUUCAGCGAGGACCGCCUCAAGGCCAUCUGGCGGGAUCCCGAGAACUUCCAGCGGAAAAGCGUGUACGAGUGGCAUCAGAUCGUGGACCAUGACUCUGAACAUGGGCUUCCUGAUCAAAGAGCGGCAAGAAGGCUGUGCCUGCAGUUUUCCAAAGAUGUCGAAGACCCUAAGUUUUCUCUGGCACGCUUGGAUGCAAGCUACAGUGCAACAUGGCGACCUCCUAACUUAGGGAGGGCAGUAGAUAUUGAGGGUCAGGUUCUCGGCCGCGCCAUCGAGAUCCUGGGACAGCAGCCUGCUACUCCUCCGACCAUUCUGGACGCCCUUCCAUUCGGUACUGUAUCAGAGAACCACUAUGUGCUACCGCUUAAUGGCGCAGAACAUCAUGCCGAGGUGGUCUCAGACCUUGCUUGGGACAACCUGCUCGUCGUCAACUUCGUGGAUACGAUCGUCCUGCGCCUGGUGUUAUGUAUCGCGCAGUCCCAGCUGACGCGUCAGUACGGCCCGGCAUCGAUUGUGCGACUCUUGAAUGCGACCAUUCAACUGCUCCGAACGAGUCUCGAUCUUGCGUCUGAACAAGGCGCCAAAGACCAGAAAUGGAUCAUAGUAUGUGCCUUUCUCUGGACCUCGUGGUCUAGAAUCCUGCUGCUCAGACUCGGGGCGGCGGUGGGCCGGCAGCUGCAAGGGUUCGACUACAACAUGAGAGGAUUAAAUUCGAUCCGAUUUCUGGAUGUUGUGCCGGAAGUUGUCGAGUGUCGCCGACGGAUCCUGGACAGGGAGCUCAAAGCUACACCAUACCUCUGUGCAUGGGCGUACCGGAACCUCACCGAGGACCGAGCAUCCAUUUCAACCGACCUUCGGCGUUUUCACCAAGUCUACCAUGCUUGUUUCGGGACGAAGCUGGCAAUCUGCAACUCAGGAUCCAAGCAAUGUAGCGGGGUGUCCUCGAUCGUAUGUGGGCGAUUCGAGCAAACACCAGUGACUAAUCAAUCAUCUCACGCGCCAGGUUGUCGAGGAGAUUGCGAUCGACUCUUUUGGAUCAGGGAAUCGUUCAUCGCUGUGUCGGGCCCCAAAGCAGUCGACAUCACGGCCACAGAUGCAACAGGUCUACGCUACUGUGAGUCCACAGAGAAGACCUUGACCAUAUCUCAUGUCUGGAGCCACGGCCAGGGAGGCAGACCCAACCGUGGUGGCGCCGAAGGCACGGGGUUCAACUCAUGCCUGCACCGGCGCUACUCGAAGCUGGCCUUGUCAAUGGGGUGUUCGUCGUAUUGGAUGGACACCGCUGCCAUUCCAAGCGAGCCAGAUCUACGCUGGGAUUGUAUCGCGAACAUCACGAGAAUCUUUUCCACCAGUGAGACCACGCUUGUCUGUGACCGUGACAUCAUGACCAUUGAUAUUUCCGAUCCUUGCCCCGAGACCUGUGAGCAACUACUGGCCGCGCUACUCGUUUGCGACUGGAACAUGAGGGCUUGGACGUUGCUGGAAGCAAUGCGAGGUAGGCAUUCCCUCGUCUUGCUCUGCCGCGACGACAAGGUGAUCAGUGUCAGAGAGACACUGGAGACAGUCUACGCCCGCGGAAGGGUCGACAUGGUGAUCCCGUUCAUGAUGCGCUCGUACCUGCUCCCUCCAGACGACAUCACCGACAUGGAGUUGUUUGAAGGCGGAGGCUCCGUGGCAACAGAAGAAGACCAACAGAUCGCACAGGGCUUUGUCAGCAUUGGUGAGGCUGCCGCCCUCCUCAGCCAUCGGCAUGCCACCCGCGACGACGACGACCUACUUAUAUGGAAUCUCCUCGCCGGUGACGUGGAGACGUCGGAUCCUACACAGAUGUGGAGGCGCCUGGUCGGCAAGAGGAUAUCGACGGGCGCGUUGGUCUCCAGCGCCCCCAGGCUUCGAGGUGUGCCGGGCUUCCACUGGGCACCUAGUCGGCCGACAAUGCCUCGAAGGACGACCGGCUCGUCGAGCCACGAGAAAACUUUUCCGGCCUCUGAUGGUGUGGAUAUGAAAGAUGGCCACAUCACUGCAGAAGGCUUACGGGCCAGGUGGCUUGCAUUCAAGUUUGACGUUCCGGCUCGUGGGCUGCAGAGUGAUGAUUUAGGCCUCGGUGAGGGCUCCCUUGAGAACAAACUGGCCGAAAUCGCCCGGCGGCACCUGGACCACCUGCCGAAGGGUAUUAUGCUUCAAGCGUGUCCGGCCAGAGGGCCGGCAAAUGUCCCGAUCCCCUACCAAGGCUCCAUCAAUCCUCUACUGGUGGUUUGUGCAUCUGAGGAUGGGAUACGCUGGGAGUGGAAAGGUAUCUACGAAUGGGACCGGCACGUUCAACUGCCGCCAUUCGCUUUGGAGGAGAUUCUGCUUGUCUAG